GUAGGGGAUUCUGAUUCUACACUUUUGUGCACAAAACGGAAGCGUGGAAAGUCAAUUGGAAAAGGAACCCUUGAUUUGAUGUCAGCAAAUGGAGGGAAGAAAUUGAUUGUGGUUUGGGAUCCAGAUCAUUGGGUUCCUAGUGAUAAGACAGUUAGUAAAAAGUUCACUUCUGAAAUUGGAAUUACUAUUCGAGGUUAUGCUCCAGUAUGUUAUGGAGGGUGGUCUAAGAUAAAGCCUGAUACUAAGAGGAAAUUGCGGGAGAAGUUGGAGACCCUUUUUGAGGUUGAUCUCCAUCAUCCAAAAGUUCUUGCAUAUGUGGAUGGAAUAAUGGCUACAGCAUACACUCAGUUUAAAUGGAGAUUGCAUAAUCACUACAAGGAGAGUAGAACAUAUGAACGGGCACGAGCCAAGUUGCCUGACCCAGACCUUUGGAAUAGUAGACCUCUAGAGCAUUGGCAUUGGUUGUGCGAUAAUCUUUAUAGCAAUGAGGGAUAUAUGGAGGUCUGUGCUACUAAUGCUCAAAACCGAGAUCAACAGGAAAGUACCCAUCGGGGUGGUGCAAUGCCAUUUAUUCAGCAUGCUUUGCAAGCAGCAAAGGAAUGUGGUAAGCCUGUAUCAUUUAUAGACAAUUAUGAAAACAUGUAUCAGGAUGCAGAGCAUAAGUGGGUUAGUGAGGCUAAACGAGUGAGACAUGAGAAAAUGAAGCAGAAGAGGGAAGAUGUCAAGGCAAAGCUCAUUGAAGAGGCACCAGAAGGUACUCCUAUUGAAUCAAUAGAAGUGGCAUUGAAUGAUGAGAUUGCAAUUAUUGUUGAGGAGUGUGGGAGAAAAGGUGGCAAGGUUCAAGGUUUAGGUGCUUUCCCUCGCUUGGAUAUCUCGUCUUCUUCUUCUUCUUCAAUGCUAAUAAAUUCUGAGUGGAAUGAGAUGAAAGGUAAUCUACAAAAGCUUACAUCCACUGUAAGUUGCUUGGAAUCUGAGAAUGCAAAGUUGAAAUCUAUGUUGCGAGCAAUAUUUAGCAAAUUGAAUGGGAGUGAUGACAUUAAUUGUGAUGUUGAUGAUAGCUCUGCUCAAGAAACUGAUGGUAUUGAAGGAACUGAUGACUUCUCUAAUGACUAGCUUG